CUGACCAUCUCAAUUCUCAAAGAUGGCUGAAAUUGAGCUACAUGGAACAUGGCCAAGUCCCUAUAGUUACAGAGUGUUAUGGGCUCUAAAACUUAAGGGCAUUCCAUAUGAAUACGUAGAAGAAGAUCUCUCCAACAAAAGCCCUUUGCUUUUACAGUAUAAUCCAGUUCACAAGAAGAUCCCUGUGCUCGUGCACGGUGGCAAGCCGAUUUGCGAGUCCAUGAUCAUCCUCGAGUAUUUGGACGAGACAUGGCCGCAAAAUCCCCUGCUGCCCAGUGACCCUUAUGAAAGAGCUGUAGUCAGGUUUUGGGUUAAAUUUAUUGAAGACAAGGGUCCAUCAGCGUGGGUAGUGUUCCGAACCAGUGGGGAAGAACAAGAGAAGGCAGUGAAGGACAGCUUGGAAAUGCUUAAAACCAUUGAAGAACACGCACUUGGGGAGAAGAAAUAUUUUGGAGGAGACAAGAUCGGCAUGGUGGACAUUGCCUGUAGUGGAAUUGCUCACUGGCUGCAAGUUAUAGAGGAAGUAGUGGGCAUAAAAAUACUUGAACCCCACAAGUUUCCUCGGCUACAUGCGUGGACUAAAACUUUCAAGGAGGCACCCAUUAUCAAAGAUAAUCUUCCAAAUCAAGACGAAAUGCUGGUUUUCUUCAAACAGGCUAGAGAGAAGUUACUAGCAUCUGCAUGACACAAAGUUGAAAGAAUCUUAAUUACCUACAUCCAGAGACCUGCGAGAGGUGCUUUUGAAUCUAUGGUUUGUUCUUUUUAUCAAAUAAAUCUUCUUAAAUAAUAACAAUUUCAAAGAUCUAUUUUCUUGUAAGAAACUUCUUUUGUAUUCAAAUUAAAAGCUUCUCGGUGUUGGCUGUA